GAAGUUGCCUUGCGGCCGGCACGGAAAUCGUUUCCCUUUCGGCUUCCGCUGCUGCUAGCCCAUGUGUAGGACUGACUACUGAGAUGAGGGGGAACCGGGCUGCCCAGAGCUUGCUGGCUCUGAACAAACCACUAGAACUAGAAGACCUAACAAAAGACAAACCAUUGAGUGGCAGCGAAGAUGAGGAGGACAGUGACGAUGAAAGAAAGCACCAAAAGUUUCUGGAGGCAAUCAGUGCCCUGGAUGGAAAGAAGAGGCCCAAUUUGGCUGAGCGAUCUGAGGCUAGUCUAACAGUAUCCGAGUUCAAUGUCAACUCUAAAGGAACAGGAGAAAAGCUGGUGCUUUCUGACCUGCUUGAGCCCAUUAAAACUUCUUCAUUGGCCUCUGUGAAAAAGCAACUGAACAGAGUCAAAGCGAAGAAGACUGUGGAAUUACCUCUUAGCAAACAAGAGGUGCAGCGGAUCCACAGAGAAGUGGCCUUCAAUCAGACCUCAAAAACCCUGUCCAAAUGGGAUCCCAUCGUCCUCAAGAACCGUAAGGCAGAGCAGCUGAUUUUCCCCCAGAACAAAGAACCAAUGGGCUUUGCUCCCAUUGAACAUGUGGUCAGUAGCUGGAAGGCAAGAACUCCUCUGGAACAAGAAGUGUUUAAUGUCCUGCAUAAGAACAAGCUGCCAAUGACAGAUCCUUUGCUGACACCCAAGGAAAAGGCCUCCUUGAAAGCCAUGAGCCUGGAAGAGGUGAAAAUGCGGCGAGCAGAACUUCAGAGGGCCCGGGCUCUGCAGUCCUAUUAUGAGGCCAGGGCUCGAAGAGAGAAGAAAAUCAAAAGCAAAAAAUAUCACAAACUGCUGAAGAAAGAGAAGGUCAAGACAACCCUAAAAGAGUUUGAGAUGCUCCAAAAAGUCGAUCCUGGUGCUGCCUUAGAAGAACUGGAAAAAAUUGAAAAGGCCCGGAUGAUGGAGCGAAUGAGCCUUAAGCACCAGAACAGUGGGAAGUGGGCCAAGUCCAAAGCAAUAAUGGCAAAAUAUGACCUGGAGGCUCGUCAGGCCAUGCAGGAACAAUUGGCCAAGAACAAAGAACUGACACAGAAACUCCAGGUAGCCUCAGAAGGUGAGGAGGAGGUGGAGGAGGGCAAAAUGGAGGAAGACGGAGAACUCCUUGUUCCCGAUGCAGUGAAUGAGGUACAGAUGAAUGGAACGGGGCCAAACCCCUGGAUGCUCAAGCGAGUCCCAGGGGCCAGCGCAGCAGAGAAGGACAUCCAGAAUAGCCCAGAACCCCUACCAGAGCCUGCGGUACAAGAGGCUUCUGAGAGUGAGGAAGAAACACCAGUGACGGAGGAAGAAAUGAUGUUGCAAGAAUGUGCAGAAAGGCGAUUACUCAGGCAAAAGACCGAGCUCAGCCAAGGUGCUGAACUAGUGGGCAGUGGAGCCACAAAAGAUUCUAGUAGCCAGGAGGUGUUAUCUGAGUUACGAGCCCUGUCUCAGAAACUCAAUAAGGGAAAGCAGCACUCCAAGAAGAAGCCCAAGGAGUAUUCAACAAAAGCGGCUGAACCACCCAAGAGGGAAGAACCUGCUGAGGAAGAAGAGGAGCCCCUGUUGGUGCAGAGGCCCGAGAGAGCGCAGACAAUGGAGGAGAUCGAAAAGCUGGGCCAUGAAGAGUCUUUGCAAAGCAAAGCGCAUCCCAGCCCAGUGUCAGAGAAGAAGGGCAGCCCAGCCAAGCAGCCUGCUGGGCCCAAAGAGAAGACGAAGAAGGAGCAAAUUAUUGAUCUGCAGAACCUGCUAACCACGAAAUCUCCUUCUGUGAAGUCAGUGGCAGCCCCUACAAUGGUAGAAGGAAUGGACGAUGAAGAUGAAGAGGAGCAGAGGGCUCAAAGGGAAAUGACAAAGGAAGCUUUUGCUGGGGAUGAUGUCAUUAAAGAGUUCUUAAAAGAGAAGAGGGAAGCAAUGGAGGCCAGUAAGCCAAAGGACCUGGAUCUGACUCUGCCCGGCUGGGGCGAGUGGGGUGGUGUGGGCUUGAUGCCCAGUGCCAAGAAGAGACGCCGCUUUCUCAUUAAAGCCCCUGAGGGUCCUCCAAGGAAAGACAAGAAUUUGCCAAAUGUGAUUAUCAAUGAAAAGCGAAACAUCCAUGCAGCCUCUCAUCAGGUGCAGGAGCUCCCACGUCCGUUCACCCACCAUGAGCAAUUUGAAAGAACCAUCCAGACUCCUAUAGGAUCUACCUGGAACACCCAGAGGUCCUUCCAAAAGCUGACUACACCCAAGGUUGUCACCAAGCCAGGCCAUAUCAUUAAGCCCAUAAAAGCCGAGGAUGUGGGCUACCGAUCUUCCUCAAGGUCGGACAUGUCUGUGGUAGAGAAGAAUCCACAACGACUCACCUUGCAUCGCAAGAAACAGCUGCAGAAAAAGUCUACGAUGGAGUGACAUCUUGGUGCUGGAACCCAGAGCACCAGCUGAGCUGUGGCCCAGUUUCAUUCCAGGCUGCAGAAUCAGUUUGAAAACAGGCUUAGCAUGCCGUGGGUGUAGUUAAGCCACAUUUAUAAAUAAAGGCAUUUUUACCUGUAUAA